AUGGAGCCAAUGUCCAACAAGCAGGAUAGCAACUCCUCGGAGGGGGAGGAGAAAGGAUGGCCAGAUGUGCCGAAGAGAAAGAGGAAGAACAGCCAGUGUUCAGUGAAGAGUAUGUCUGCUCUUAGCGUCUCUGUUCCAGGGUACAUCCCCAGCUACCUGGAGAAGGAUGAGCCGUGCGUGGUGUGCGGGGACAAGGCGACCGGCUACCACUACCGCUGCAUCACCUGCGAGGGUUGCAAGGGUUUCUUCCGCAGGACCAUCCAGAAAAACCUCCAUCCGUCUUACUCCUGUAAAUACGAAGGUUGCUGCAUCAUUGACAAGAUCACCCGCAACCAGUGCCAGCUGUGCCGCUUCAAGAAGUGCAUCUCUGUGGGCAUGGCCAUGGACUUGGUGUUAGAUGAGUCGAAGCGUGUGGCCAAGCGGCGUCUGAUCGAGGAGAAUCGAGAGAGACGGAAGAGAGAGGAGAUGGUACGGACGCUGCAGAUGAGGCCAGAGCCAGACACUGCAGAGUGGGACCUGAUCAGGAUGGUAACCGAGGCUCACCGGCACACCAACGCCCAGGGCUCCAGCUGGAAACAGAAGCGCAAGUUCCUGCCGGACGAUAUCGGCCAGGGUCCCAUGGUUCCCACUUCCGAUGGUGAUAAAGUGGACCUCGAAGCCUUCAGUGAGUUCACCAAGAUCAUGACCCCUGCCAUAACUCGCGUCGUCGACUUUGCCAAGAAAUUGCCCAUGUUCUCAGAGCUGCCUUGUGAAGACCAGAUCAUCUUGCUGAAGGGCUGCUGCAUGGAGAUCAUGUCGCUGCGCGCCGCUGUACGCUACGAUCCCGACAGCGAGACACUGACGCUAAACGGCGAGAUGGCUGUGAAACGUGAGCAGUUGAAGAACGGCGGGUUGGGCGUGGUGUCGGACGCCAUCUUCGAUUUGGGCAAGAGCCUGGCUCAGUUUAACCUGGAUGACUCGGAGGUGGCGCUGAUGCAGGCCGUGCUGCUCAUGAGCUCAGACCGUUCAGGGCUGACCAGCGUGGAGAAAAUCGAGCAGUGCCAGGAGGCCUACCUGUUGGCGUUCGAGCACUACAUCAACUACCGCAAGCACAACAUUCCCCACUUCUGGCCCAAGCUACUGAUGAAGGUGACGGACCUGCGCAUGAUCGGGGCGUGCCACGCCAGCCGCUUCCUCCACAUGAAGGUGGAGUGUCCCAACGAACUUUUCCCCCCGCUCUUCCUGGAGGUCUUUGAGGACCAGGAAGUGUGA